CUCGCACCGUACCCGGUGCCGCCGGAGUCGCACUUCGCAGUCAGUACUCAGUACGCCGUCAACCGCACCGAACGUCGCAACCCGCGGUCGACUGUCAUCACGCACCGGUGUAGUUUUAUUCGUCGUCGUCGCCACCGUGCUUUUUUGUUGUAGCUUUUAUUUUCGUUCCCCGCCGCACACACCCCCGAUCGAUAAUGCCGUACGCCGUUACCGCGAUCGUUUCGACGAUGUCGUCCGGAUAGAGGUGUGAUCGGCCCUCUUUUAGACUCUUCCGACGAAACGAUACUAUUGCAAUAUAAUUGCACUAUUGUACCUCAUCAACACGCCUACUGUUUACUUCCCGAUCCGCUGUAAAUCCAUCGCCGCCGCGUGUGCGUUCGUGUAAAUGUUUGUGAAUCGUCGGCAGAACCAGCUCGGUAGCGCAGUCGUGACCGCCGUCGUCGGACGUACCUGCAGGAGGCCCAGAACGAUCCCGCCGGGAUACUCAUUCUAAGGCUCUGGGAUCGAAAUCGUCUGAUGCUUCUGCCAACAAAUGUUUUAGCCGAUGAAAAUUAUGUAACCGAGGAAGAAGACGAUUAUCAGUGGUGGACCGAGGAGGACCUGUGGAAGUUUCCCCCGCCGCCUCCCCGUCCACCGUUCCUGGAGCCCCCUUAUCCGGACGGCCUGACCACUUGCGACCUGUGCACAUGGGCCCUACAACCUCUAGACGGCACUGACAACGGUAUGUUGACAGUUCCCAUUGCCGAGGUGACGUGGCCCAUGAUAUUGGUCCUGGUGUCGUUGCUGUCCGCUGCCAUCGGCGCCCUCUUCAUGGUCGUCUUCCUACACCUAAAACUACGACUUUCCGGACGCACAGCGCCAUCUCGGCCAGAGUGUUUGGUGUCGUUCGAUCCGCCCACGGACCGAGUUCACCACCAUCACCACCAUCAGCAGUUGCACCACCACCAGCGGCAGAUCGCCCAGAUAGCGGCGGGGGACCACCACCACCUGAACCACCUGAACCACCUGAACCAUCUGAACAACCUGAACAACCGCCGCGCCGGCCCAAUCGUCCGGCGGUCCGGCGGCCCGGACGGCACGUCGUCCAUCAAGCACACCGGACCGGGACGGCCGUCGGGCGGCGGCGGUGCCCGUAACGGCGGCAUCGGCGUCGGCGGGGGCGGGGGAGUCGGCGGCGUCAUCGGGAGCCUGAUCGGCGGGGGCGACGACGGCGGUGUCGGCGGCGGCGGCGGUGGCGGCGUCGGCGGUCAUCAGCUGUCCGUGAACCCGGGCGAUUGGUUCCGGUGGUUCCGGCGGAAACGCGGCGCCGUGCUGCCGCCGGACGGCGUGCCGUCCAAUCAGAACGUGGUCCGGGCCAACCAUUACACGGUCGAGGAAGCGGCGGCCGCCAUACCGGUGAUGGUGUACGCGUCCGUCAUCGGCGGCCAAGACGACGGGCCGCACAACAUGUCGCCGCCGCCGCCGCCGCCGCCGCUGUCCCUGUCCUCGGCCGCGGACGACGUGCUGUACACCGAGCUGGACCGGGUGCCGACGCCGGCUUACCACAACGCCGGUUACGCGUUCGACCAGCACAGCAGCGCAUAUUACUCGGACAUGUACGAGCCGAUCGACCCAUACCAUCACAACCAUCACAACCAUCAGCGGCAGAACUCGCUGCCGUCCGACUACGUCUGAUAUUACGCCCGACACGCGCCGCCCGCGAAUCGCCGCCGCCGCCGCAGCCGACGACGACGCCGAUCGCAAGCCGCCGCCGCCGCCGCACCGCCGGUGCCGAUGACGGUCUCGCGCGUGUAUCGUGAAAUAUUCAAAU